UCUCGCGUCUGAUCUCCUGCACUGUGCGGGGACGUGUUGAUAACCUACGUAUCGUCUCAGCGCGGAACAGGACGGUCGCCACGCCUUUGAGGAACCACAUUGACACGGCGUCAGCUCACCCCUCUGGUCCACCUGGCAUUCUCCCCGCCACCUACCUUACCUAAGAGGAACAUUUUCUCCUCGUACAUCAAUCACGCACGCUGCGCUACCUGUUUGGAGUGUCAUAUCGUGCUUCUGCGGGGACGUAAAUCAAUUGGAGGGAUAUCUGGACGUCCACUCCCGUUAAUAUUGGAUAGUAACACAUCGGAUGAAGUAUGGGCAUUGCAGUGUAGUGCUGUGCGUGCCGUCACCGGGCCGAACUUCCAAUGUACUCGCUGCAAGUGUGUCUCAAUGAUAACGGAGCAGAGAGUGUAUGCUGUUGAGAACUCCGGUUUUUGUUAGCAGAUCUUCAAGCCAGGAAUGCCCCAGACUGUGUGCUCUGGCACCAUGUUCACGACUCCUAGUGGCUUCAGCCCCCAUCUGGCCUGCGCUGAGCCUGAGGAGGAGGAGGAGGCUGCACAGGAGGGCCAGGGGCCCGCGGCUUGCCUGGCUGACGGACCCCCCAUCAGCUCGGCCUCAUUGGAAACCCUCAUUCAGAAUCUCGUGCCUACUGCUGAUUACUACCCCGAGAAAGCCUAUGUGUUUACAUUCCUGCUGAGCGCCCGUCUGUUCAUCCCUCCUCCGGAGUUGUUGGCACGUGUGUGCGAGCUGUGCAUCAAGCAGCAGCAGCUGGACCAGAGCCCACUUGAUACGGCAAAAGUGCGCAAGUUUGGUCCUAAGAUCUUGCAGCUGCUAACAGAGUGGACAGAAACAUUCCCGUCUGACUUUAAGGAUGAGAAGAUGGUCGGACUCCUUAAAGACAUCAUCCACAGGAUAGCUCCCUGCGAUGAGGCCUAUUGGAAAACCUUAAACCAGGUGCUGCAGAAGCUGAACCAGAGGUUGGCCUUCAUGAGUCAGGGGGAGGAGAGCAUUGUCAAGGUCUCUCUGAAUGCCUCCUACAUCUCUGACAAGCUCGUGGCCUUCAAGACCAAGCCCCCGCCCAUCCAGAAGGACAUGCUAUCCAUCUGCAAUGACCCUUACACACUGGCACAGCAGCUGACACACGUGGAACUGGAACAUUUGAGUCACAUUGGACCGGAGGAGUUUGUUCAAGCUUUUGUUCAAAAAGACCCCCUAGAUGGAACUCGGCAACAGCCGUGCUUCAGUGACCAGAAGAAGAAAACUUCCAACCUGGAGGCGUAUGUCAGGUGGUUCAACAGGCUGUGUUACCUGGUAGCAACGGAGAUCUGCAUGCCUGCAAAAAAGAAACAGAGAGCCCUGGUGAUAGAGUUUUUCAUUGAUGUGGCCAGAGAGUGUUUCAACAUCGGAAACUUCAACUCACUAAUGGCCAUCAUCUCUGGUAUGAAUAUGAGUCCUGUGUCGAGACUGAAGAAGACCUGGGGCAAGGCCAAGACUGCUAAAUUCUUCAUUUUGGAGCACCAGAUGGAUCCUACAGGAAACUUUUACAACUAUAGGACAGCCCUGAGGGGCGCCGCCCAUCGCUCUCAGACGGCCAACAGCAACAGAGAAAAGAUUGUGAUCCCCUUCUUUAGCUUGCUCAUUAAAGAUAUUUACUUCCUGAAUGAAGGAUGUGCCAAUCGACUUCCGAAUGGCCACGUUAACUUUGAGAAAUUUUUGGAGUUGGGCAGGCAAGUGGGGGAAUUCAUCAUCUGGAAGCAAGUGGAGUGUCCAUUUGAGAAAGAUCAAGCCAUCCUACAUUACCUCCACACUGCCCCUAUCUUCAGUGAGGAUGGACUCUACCUUGCAUCCUAUGAGAGUGAGAGUCCAGAGAACCAGGUUGAAAAAGACAGGUGGAAAGCUCUCAGGUCAAACGUUCUGGGAAAGACAUGAGGCGCUGACGGCAACUUCCCCUCUCGUCAACGAGGGAGAGCAUGUUCUCAUUGCACUAUAACGAACUGUGAAGGAACCAAGCUGGUACUUAGGUGUUUUCUAUGAAGAAACCAAUACAUUUUCAAAAAGGAUGAUGAACAGGAUUCAUCAAAAAUGAGGUGUAAAGAAAUACAAGAUGUGAAAAUUAUGAAGCUACUGAACAAAUUAUGGUGAGGAUGUUCAUUUACUUUGUGAUGUUUACUACCGCCGAGAGUACAUUUACAGGGAAAACCACUUUCUCACAUUCAAUUCCUACUGACGCUGUUUUUGUUUUGGUAUUUGCAUUUUCUCUUUCUCGCUCUCUUUCUCUUAGGUCCAAAGCCUCGUUAGCUAUUUUAUUUGCCGAUUUCCUUACAUAGAAAUGUACUGUAUUUAAAUUUCCAUGAUGUGAAGGGCGCUGGCUUGCCCAUAUCAACUGUUGCGUUUUAUACUGUUGGUCUACUGUUGUGAAGGAAUUACUGUGUGUGCCUGGGAAAAUUGUGAAGUAUUUUAACUGAGUGUGUUUUUUCUGCACAUGAAGCAUCCAUGUCUGCUGAAAUGUUCUUUUGUGAGAAUGACUGGAAAAUUGUAUUUAAUUUUCUUUGGAUUUUUUGUUGUUAUUGUCAUUAUUAUUUAUUACGGUGUAGCUUAUUUUGCAGGGUGGGGGUAUAUGUGCCGUUGGAAAAGUGUUUACUCCUAUUGUGCCAUGAAUGCCGGGUAUCUACAAUUAGCUUAGCCAUGUGUGUACAUCAGAGGUGGGUAGUAAAGCGUUACAGUUACUCUCUUGCGAUACUUGAGUAACUUUUGGAGAAAGAUGUACUUCUAGGAUUAGUUUUACCACGCCAUACUUUUUACUUUUACUUGAGUAGAUCUAUGAAGAAGAAAUAAUACUCUUUCUCCGCUACUUCGGGCUACACCAGUGGUGGUUGAAGUAUUCACUUUUUCUUUUUUUCUUUUUUUUACUUAAAUAAAAGUACAGAUACAGGUGCAAAACUAUGACUUAUGUAAAAGUACAAGUAUCUGAGAAAAAAUUACUCAGGUAAAAUUACAAAAGUUCUUGCUUAAAAAUUUACUGUAUGAUGGAAAUAAUAAUGGAAAAAACAAGCCGUAAAAUUAACUGCACAGUAAACAUAUGGUUAACGAGUUUAAAAACUCCAAAACUUAGCUUAUUGGCGGAUUGUAAGCAACCAUCAGGUGCAUACCGCCACCUACUGUACAAGAGUGUGUUUUUUUUACUUGGUUAAUAUCUUGUUCACCCGCCUAAUCUCGCUUGUACUUGUGUUGCUGCCACUAGUGCUCACUUAUGGUAUAGUUGGACGGGGCUUAUCAGUUGUGCCAAAGGCAUGAAGAAGGAACGGUAACACUUUAUAAUAACUAUCCAUUUUACUAGUUAAUAGAUCAUUAGUAAACUGUUGAUAAAUGAUUUAUUGUUGAUUUUUGAAGUAUUUGUUAACAGUUUGUUAAGCAUUACAGGGUGUUCCAAUAUGGUUGACCCCAUUCUAAAUGCCCAUGCUAGUUGAUGGAUCUUAAUAAAACUAUAUACACUUUAUGUUGAAGGUCAUAAAUUUUAUUGGUUAAAUAUACAAAGAAAAGUACAAAUAUUUGUUGGUUCUAUGGCAGAUUUUCAUAAAUGUGCAACAUGAGCACUGCCUGCAAAAUGCCUUAUCAAAAUGCCUUUUCUUUUGAAGUGAACGGCAUUUCUUAACCUGAAAAGAUAAAAAUUCCAAAUGUUACACACAAAAACUUGAAACGUUUCUACACAAACUGUGUUUCAGGUUAAGAACACCCUGUAAAUGCUUAACAAACUGUUAACAAAUACUUCACAAAUCAAUAAUAAAUCAUUUAUCAACAGUUUACUAAUGAUCUAUUAACUAGUAAAACGGAUUGUUAUUAUAAAGUGUUACCGAAGGAACUACCAAUUCACAAUGAGGAAAAAAAAAAAAAGUAAUGUGUAACGCAGGCGACAGUUUGAAAAGUAGUGGAGUAAAAAGUUACCUGCUGUAAAAUGUAUUGAAGUAAAAGUAAAAAGUACCACUUCAUAUUUGUACUCAAGUAAAAUACAGAUACACAAAAAUGUACUUAAGAACAGUAGCAAAGUACUUUUGCUGUGUUACAUUCCAUCCCACCACUGGGCUACACUAGAGUCGUUACAUUUUUCGUCUUUCUUCUACAUAUUAGAUUUGACUUUAUUUUUGCCAGCAAAGUGGCUGUACCAGUUUCACCAAUGAGACAACAAUAAUCAAAUAACUCCAUUAUACCAAUCAGACGUAACACACAAACACACGCAAGCUUGCAGUCCGAAGUCCUAUGAUCAUGCAGGCCUCUUCAAUCACGUGGCGUCUUUAAAGCACUAGACUUUAGACUUCAUAAUGAUAUUGUCGGGGCGCAGGGCCAAUUAAUAGGGGGCUUAUCUCAGUCAAAGCUGACUGUGUAGAAACACAAAGAGCUUUUUACGUUAAAAAUUCAUGUGAAUAAAUCCCUCAAUUCUUUAUAGAUAUGGAUGUAAAACAGUCUUGAUUCUUGGUUGAAAGCAAAAAAAAAAACUGGCAGUUAGAAUUUAUUUUACAGAAAUAUGUCGAAUGUGCUGCUUGUCUUUAAGUCAAUGUGGCGCCGCCUUACCACAACAAAGAACUUUUUACGUUGAAAUUGUUGUGAAUAAAUGCGUAAAUCCCUAAAUUCUUCAUAGAUAUGGAUGUAAAACAGUCUCGAGUCUUGGUUAAAUGCCAAAUUAAAAAAAAAAACACACACAAAAAAAAAACAGGCAGCUAGCAUUUAUUUUACGUACCGGUAAAUAUGUCGAAUGUGCUGCGGCCGCCUUAUGAAAACAGAGCUUUUUCCAUUGAAAACUCCUGUGAAUAAAUGCUAAAUCCCUGAAUUCUUUAUAGAUAUGGACGUAAAACAGUCUCGAUUCUUGGCUCUUUUGACAGGUGAUGUUUCAUUUCUGUAGAUUUUUCUUGUGGCAGUUCAAUGAUUUUUGGGAGGGGGGGGGGUGUUUGUUUAACAUGGUCGCAUAAUAGGUGAUAGUACAGUAUAACAAAAGUUCAUAUUAAGGAUGUCCCGAUCACACAUUUUUUUAUUUUGAGCAUCUGCCGAUACCGGGUCCCGAUCCGAUACGAAAUUUAUUUAUUUGUUUUUAACAAAAAUUCCAAACAUGUUACUGUUCCACCGUGCCGCCUAUUUUUACACAAGAAUAAUGUAGAAAAAUGCUUGUCUUUAUUAAUUGCAUCAUUGACUGUUUCCACUCACGCUUUGACGCUCACGCUGCAGAAAACAGGCUCUCACUUUCACAAUGAGCUGCCACAGCACACUAAUGCAAAUUUAACGAUGUUUGACAAGAUUUGUACCUUUGAUGGUAGAGUUACCAAGCUUCUCUGGGAAAAUCCAAACUACAAAACUGUCAACCAUCGUCAACUUUAAGUACCAUAUGCAAGCUGGACAGUUUCGCAGCACUGCUUAGAAAGAGAGAUGGUGAGAGGCUGUUACGCUGCACGGGCAUGAAGCAGAAAAACAAAUAUAUUUUUUUAAUUAAUAGCUGAUCCUUUCCACCCAAUUCCGGCGCGAUCGGUUCGAUUUCCGAUCACGUGAUCGGGACAUCCCUAGUUCAUAUAAAUGGCAUUGUGCUUAGAAAAGAAAAAUAACAUUGUUUACGAAAAAAUUCUGACAUUGUAAGAAGUAAGCAUUCUUUCCGCUGAAUAUUUUUUUUACUUGAGUAUAUUUUUUGGAUGACUACUUUUACUUUUGUAAUAUUUUAAAGUAACACUUCUCUUACUUGAGUAAAACUUAUGUCUACUCUCCCCACCUCUGGUGUACAUUCACCCCUCAUCUUUCUGCUCCUCAGGAAGUCUUUUCUCUUGACUGAUGUUCAGUUGUCUGAUUAUAUUUAUGGAGAUUUCUGUGCUGACAGAUGUAUUGUUUUAAAUUGUACUUUUCCUUUGUUAAAUAUGAAGUUGUAUGGCAUGUUAUAUUGGGUCAUUUCUUCAAGGGGCAUUCCCAAGUUCACCUUCUGAUUGACAACUACCGCAAGCUGUAGUGAAGCUGCAUUGCUAAUGAAGGACAGUGUUAAGUAAAGAGGGGACAUUUUUUGCCAUGCGAAUGAACUGGUUGUCAUGAAAAUUCAGGUCCAUCUUAGAUGAGGUGUGAUUGUUUUGUGGCGUUGUUUUGAGCCUUUUUCUCAUGCUUUUGGAGCUCUUUUUGAGGAUGUCCCCUAAAGGGAAGUGAGAGGAACCAGUGUAAAAAGUAUUUCAACCCCACCUGCUUCAUUGUAAUAGCUUGAUGUCAAUAUUUUCUCCUAAGAUGAACAUUUCCUUCUCUAUAAAGCUAAUUAUUCUGCUUCUCAUUCAUAAACUUUCUGAGUACCCUAAUCGGUUAAGACAGCCACAGAAGUGGGGUCCAACCGAAGAUGACCAGUUUUGAUUCCAUUUAUCCUGUGAUUUCGAUGACAAUCCAUCCAUCCAUCGCAUUCUAACAGCAAGUGUUUUCCUUUAUUUAGGUCAAACUGAAACCUUUAAGAUUCCAGCAACAAUGCAAAGUGUGUGUUCCUUAAAACUUUUAAUAAAGUAAGCCAUGCUCAGAUAUUUAUCUGCUCUUU